GUCGCCGUGCGUGCAGGCGGCUGCGUCGGGCUGCAGGAGAAGAUGGCGGUGUCCACAGGAGUUAAAGUUCCUCGUAAUUUUCGCUUGUUGGAAGAACUUGAAGAAGGACAAAAAGGAGUAGGCGAUGGUACUGUUAGCUGGGGCCUUGAAGAUGAUGAAGAUAUGACACUUACAAGGUGGACAGGCAUGAUUAUUGGGCCACCAAGGACAAAUUAUGAAAACAGAAUAUAUAGCCUGAAAGUAGAAUGUGGCCCUAAAUACCCAGAAGCUCCUCCAUCAGUAAGAUUUGUAACCAAAAUUAAUAUGAAUGGAAUAAAUAAUUCCAGUGGAAUGGUGGAUGCACGAAGCAUACCAGUGUUAGCAAAAUGGCAAAAUUCAUAUAGCAUUAAAGUUGUACUUCAAGAGCUAAGACGUCUAAUGAUGUCCAAAGAAAAUAUGAAGCUUCCACAGCCACCAGAAGGACAAACAUACAACAAUUAAUUUUAGUGGAUCUCAAACUUGUCUUAAAUCAACAACCUUCUACUCAUGUUAAUGUCUUGGUUAAAUAUCACAAUGCAAAAUACCCACACAUUAAGUAAAAGAAUUCCAGCUGGUAAACAUGACCUGGACAUUUAUAAGAAUAUAUUUAAUAUAUGUACACCCAUUAUGUUUUCAGGUUACAGGAGGAAAAAUGCAGCACAAUUUUUUUUCUCUUGUUAAGGCACUGUCAUUUAAGUAUAAACCUGGAGUACUCAAAAUAGGAUUCAGGUUUACCAGGUGAAAGCAUGGCAAGAAGUGUCAGAUGGCUGUGGAAGCAUGUGUGUUUCUAAAAAGUACAAAUCUGAAGAAGGAAAACAAGUGGCAUGCUUUAUCCAUCUUAGUGAAAGAGCUUCAGUUUAAAUUGUCUAAACUAGCAGGUACAAUGAAUAUUGUCACAAAUUGUGUUAACUUUUGAGGCGGUGUGGGUGCUGACUACUAGUAGUAUCAAAAAUAUGUUCAAGAUUGUUUUGAUAUCUGUAUUUAUAAUAAAAAAAUGUGGGGGAGGCCGGUGAAAUUGUUAAAAGCCGUUCCUAUGUUACAUGUAACAGACAUGGUAAAUAUUUGUUUACAGUCUUGUUUGACAAACCAUGCAUUUAAAUGAAAUCAACAAAAAGAAAAUAGGUGUAUGGCUAUGUGAGUUUGAGAUUAAAGUUAGUCUUAAAAUGUAAAUAAAAUGUGGAAUGUGUCCUCAGAAACUGUGCCAUUUCUAUUAUAUUGAUGUGGUAUAUGUAUAGUACCUUACUGAGGUAGCAAAAAUUAGAAUUAUUGUAGCUUUUCAUGUAUACACACCUUUUAUUAUUUAUCCUAUUUUGUAUACCUCUUGUGAAUUGGAAUUUACAGAGUAUUGCAUAGAACAAAUUAAUUUCUUUGGAGAAGGAAUAAUCCCAGGUGUCUUAUAUUUUGAAUUUGAUUUCACUAGAAAUAUUACUAAAAAGAUGUUUAGAUUAUAGCAGUUUAUACAGAAAAAUAGACCGCAGAUUAUCCAGGUAUACAUUCCAUUUUUUUCUUAGUAAUAUCUUUUUAUUUUUCUAUGACAUUUUCUCCCCUAAUGUUUUUAACACUAACUGGGAUUAGUUUUAUCCAGUUCCACUUAUCUUCCACUUUGGCAAAUACGUAAUUAUGAAUUGAAAGUUCAUUUAUGUUAUGCUUUUACCAAAGGGACUUUAGGGUUUAGUUCACUGUUUUCCAUUUCAAAGCACUGGGUAUAAUACUUUUUAAAAAUAACUCUUAUGAAUUCACUUAAGAAAAUAGGUGGUCAGGUAACAAGGACAAAUUUCUCAAACAUGCCCUGACAUGUUUUUAUAAAGUUCAUUCAAAGUUAAAGCUCUGAGCUACCUUUUCUUGCUCAGUAAUACAUUAGAUUCAGUGACAGUUCAUCUAAAACUGAUUUCAACAUGGCUAAUUAUCAAGAAUAUUUAAAAUGCUUAAAAGUGACACAUAGAGAAUAUAUACAUACAAAUUAGUGCAUGUGUAAUUUAUUAAAAUAAGUUUGAAAUGAACUAUUACCUUGGAAUAUAUUCUUAAAACUUUAAAUGGUUGAAGAUUAAGUUGAAUUAUAUUGAUGUUAUAUAUAUGAGUCUGAUGUUUACUUAUGGUCUUAAUCAGCCUCUCUAAUUUCUUUUCCACUUUGAAAAUGUGUCUUGUCAUAUAUGGGCACUGAUAACCAUUUGAAUGCUGUUAAAUUAUUUAUAUCUGUGGGCUGAGAGUGGGUACCAUAAUCUCUUUUCCUCUUUCCUUUCCCCAUGCCCACUGUUGAGGACGGUUUAUUCCCCCAAGUAUAUAUAGUUUGAGUUGGCUCUAUAAUGUUCAUUUCCCCUCUUGUUUUGGGGACUAUGGAUCUCUGCAGAAGUCUGCAUGCCAGUUAGCCCAUUUCCAAAGCAGAAUCCAUUAUGCAUGUCACAAUCAAGAUGAACACAACAAUCUAAGACACACUGGUUGUUUAUAGGAAGAAUUAAUGCAGAGUUGCUCUUACAGUAACAUUUCUAAGAGCAGUUUUGAAGCUGUUCUUCCCUUUGUUUUGUGAAGUGGCUAAGGUUGUAGGAGCAUGUGUAUAAAAUGAACUGUAAAGUUGCCUUCGGAAUUUGUUUAAAAGGCCAUCAAGUGAGACCCUAGGGAAUGAUCAUAUAGUAGUAUAAGAUAACAAAAAUAAAAUUCUCACCCUAUUAGGUCAGUGUUAUGCUUUAAUGGCUUUAAUUACUUUAUAAUUUUCAAUAUUGCUUAGUUAGAUUCUUUUUUUCCCUGGUAUUUUAAAGUAAUGGCAUUUGUAACGGGUUUUUUGUGUGACUUUUCAGGACUGGGACAAACAUUUGUAAGGAUAGUCAGUGGUAUUUGAAUCUUUUGGGUGUAAUAUAGAAAAAAUUACAAUAUAAAAUUACCUUUUUAAAAGAAUUUGGCACAUUUCAAAUUGGAAUAAGUGCUUGGAGAGUGAAUUACUUUCUUGCAUAUGGUUUAUUAGUGUGGGUUGCUUAAUACCAAUUCAUUGAUUUAAUUACUUCCCAGUUAAUACAUACUGUUAUUGAUAAAUACAUGUGAAGCUCUUAUUUUGAAAACUUACAGGACACAGCUGGGAAAUUUCACUAAUGCAUUUUCCUUGAUUUGCUAUGUAUGCACUUGGGUGGUUCUGGUAGGUGCAUCAUGAAAUUACAGAUUUUUGGCCAAAACUGUAUUGACUUUUAAUGCACUGUGUUCUCACAUAGAUUUUAAAGAAUGUAAGUGCUGAUGAUGGAGUCUGGUAUCAUUAAAGAUUGUUUUUUCCUGAUUUUAUAUAUAUAUAUAUGUUUAAGACAUACAUGUGUAGAAUCAUAGUACCAUUUACUGCUGGAAAGGGUAUAAAAGGCACUGAUUUUACUUUUCUGAUAAGUAUUAAUAUAAUUUUCCAGUACCAACUUGAUUGACUUUUGGUAAUUUUCACAAAAAUAUUCCAAGUCUGAAGAUUUGGGAGAGUGUAGGUAAUUUGUAUGUAAAACAGAAACAUGAAAGGGAAUGGAUAAUGUAUUACAUAUUUAAUAGGAGCAGUUGCAGUUAAUUUCCAUCCAGUAAUGUUUACUAAAUAGCAGGAAAUAGAAUAUCUUUUAUGCUAAAAUUAAUAUGCCUUAUGGAAGUUACUAAGAGUAAAUAGAAAUCUUACUAUAGUUCAUACUGAAAAUGUUGGUUAUUUAAGAAAUGUAAUGUUGAAAAUAAGAGAAUAAGCAUUUUCUGAAGAGAAAAUUAUUAAGGUGUUUGAUGGUACAGAAAGUAAGUGACAAGUCAAAACCAUCAUUUUAUGAAGUAAGGGAGUUUGGGGAACUCCUGGAGUCAGUACAUGAUAAAAAAAAAAUCAUUGGCUAUGAAGAGGUUGCCAUGGUGUUGACAUCCUUAUUAGAACAUUUAUACCUAAAAAUACUCCUAAGGGUCUUUUCCAUCUCAUUUUUAUAUGUAGCCUGAAAGAGGAACACUAGAUUUUUUUUGGCAAGUUCAUUUAUGAAAUGUGAUAAAAGCCAGAUAGAUUUUACCUUCUUAACUUAAAAAUAUCCCAGAAAUCAUCCUUUCUCAAGUGAAUAAUUACCAAAUACCACGUGAGGAAUAUGCAGUGAUCCAUUUUUUGCCAAAUGUAGACUUAAGUGAAUUCUUUUAUCUUGUCCUUGUUCAUUAGUGAGCAGCUAGCUACUUUAAGUUUUGCUUAGAAAUUUAAAUUUGGCAACCAAAAGAUUAUACAAAGUGAGGUUAAUAUUCUGCCUCCAUGGGGGGAAUAAGAGUUGGCACUGAGAAACCAAUAAUAAUGAGAAACCUGUGGUUGGUAGAGAAGUAAAAUCAUUUAACUAAUUUUGGGUAGUGAAAACUUGUAGUUGUCUGUCAGUGCAGUACCUGAGUAAUUUUAAAAUAUAUUGUUCAAAGUUGUAAGGAAGCACUGUUAGCAAUUGAGUGUAUAUUCUUCAUCUAAUGUAAUAGCUUUUUAAAAAAAACAGGCUUUUAACAAUAGAGAACUUGACAAAGUAAUCUAGAAAAUUUACAAUAUAACAUGAAGUGAGACUUUAAAUAUUCAUAUUAAAAUAUGGUAAAACUAGUCAUAAUACUUAGUGUCAUUUUUUGGUGGGGAUCCAAAGACUCAUCCUUUUACAAUCAAUAAGCAUUAUAAUAAAUGCUUUAUGGCUCAAAGGUGGGAUUUUCUAGCCUUUGUACUUUAUCAGCCCUUAAUUUGAGGGGAAAAAAUAAUUUCUUCACAGCUGAUAACUGACAAAGAGAAAUGUUUUACUCCUUCUCAAGCUACAUUGGCCAAAUAAGUAGUGAUGGUCAGAUGUCCAGAUGGUAUUUAUUAUCAUAAAUUAUCUUUCUGUGGCAAAAAUUUGGGUAAAUGUAGUAGUGGCUGUAGAGACAAAUUUAAAGUGGGUGAUAGACUUUUCUUCAAUGUUAAUACUCAAGUGAAAGUAAUUGAGUUUACAAGAAAAGUAUCUAAUUGCCUGGGUUUCUUAAUUUUGGAUAAUGUAUGGACUUUAAGGAGAAAAUUCUUGUGGACUCAGUAUUGAAAUAUUUUUGUUAAGACAUUGUUUAAUGCAUAAAACUGUUAAUGCAAAUGUAUAAACUUAUGCCCUUAGGCCUUAGGAAAUCAUAAAGUAAAUUUCAUAACUACAGAGUAAUUAAAAGUAUAAAAUAAUUCAAUGUCGAGGGUGUUUUAUUGAAUUAAUCUAUUUGAAAUGUAAAUAUUGAUGUUGUCUCCUGGCUUUUUUUGCCCCAUGUCUGUAUUGUGGUGUACUGCUGGACUCCAAAUUUUCUUACCUUUUUUCUCUUGCCAGACUGCCACAAAAACAUCUUUGUUGUGUUACCUGACCACCAUUUGGUAUAAAUACAAUUGUACUUUAA